AUGGGAUUGGACUCACUUCGAAUGACUUUGGUUUUCAUGCUGACUGCUAGCAUGUUCCCAGAGUCCUUCAUGACUCCUGUAUUGAUCGGAGAUGCAUGCGGGGGUCUGUUCGCUAGCGGACUUGCCUACAUUCAAGGCUACAAGCAGUUUUUUGGAUCAGCAACUAAUGCAGUCGCAACGCAAGGCACCUUGUCAAAAGAUUAUGUAUUUGGACCGCAGACUGCUCUGCUGUUUAUAGCGUUUCUUUUCUUUAUCUGUUUCGCUUCUCUCGGGUGGCUGAUAUACCGAAGCAAAUACGACCGAAGAGCGAAGUAUUCGCCACUCACAGAAGGAGAGCGGGAAGCUGAGAAUAGCGAAACGUCCCCAUUACACUCCUCCAAUAUGUACUCUGAGAGACGCAAGUUCUUUCUCUGGUUCGCCGGGUUCAUAGCUAGUGGAUCCGUCUUCACGCUGAUGCCGGCCUUUCAAUCGUUUUCUACAUUGCCUUACAGUCAGAGAUGCUUCAUAUUGUCCGCAUCUUGCUGGACGUUUUCGUUCCCGCUGACUGCCAUCUUCGCUCACUUUGUCAGGCUGAAAAAAAUGGUCAGUUUGCUCAUUUGCCUGAUUAUGCACGUCGUAGUGUGUGGCGUGCUCCUAUACAUUGCCUCUCGAAGUCCCUGCCCACCUCUUCUUGGAUACAGAGUCGCAGAGCCUAUGAUGAUACUCCUCUGGGUCGCUCAAGGUAGCUCCGGUUUCUUCGUGUUUUGCACGACCAGUAACUGUCUCAGCGAAAUUGACGAAAGCGCGGUCAAGUGGGGAUCGAUCACAGCUCAGCUUGGAUGUCUUGUGUGCUCCCUCAUAUCAUUCAGUUUAAUAAAUGUCUCUGACUUCUUCGUUGAAAUCAAGGAUUGA